GGCCGCUCCGGUUCCGGUUCCGGUUCCGGCUGCGGCUGUGGGGCAGCACCGGGCCGGGCUCGGGGCGCUCCGGGGGCCCGUUUGGCGGGGCCGCCAUGGCCGGGAGCCGCACGCAGAAGAUCGGGAGCGUGUUCAGCCGGGCGCGGAACCUGGUGCGCAUCGGGAUCAUGGAGAAGCCGCUGUGGCUGGACGUGUACGCCGCGUUCCCGCCGCUGCGGGAGCCCCUGUACCGAGUGCCGCGGCCGCGCUACGGGCGGGUCACGGACGCGAUCCCGCCCAUCCUCUACCGGGAGGACCGAGAGCGAGCGAGAUUUUACAAAGUUUAUGGCAAUGGCCCAAGACCUUUUGACCUGACACGGUUAAACUUCAAAUCUACUUGCCAGAGGUUCAUUGAGAAAUACAAUGAACUGAAGGAAGAAGGGAAGAUUGAAGAGGAGAAAUUGUUUGAAGAAACAGGAAAAGCCCUUUUGGCCAGUGGGAUCAUUUUACAGAGAAGAGGAACAGAUAAAGUAGCACAGCAGGAGCAGCAGGAUGCUGCAUCCAGGGAUCCUGCCCUGCACCUGCAGCUCCAAACUGUGCUGGAGGAGCUGCAGGAGAAGAGGAAGGACGGGGAGGAGCAGCCACCAGAGCUGGCAGGGACACAGAAGGAGAAUCCCUCUCCCUCCUGACAGCCCUGCUGUCCUGUGUCACCUGCCAGGAACCAACCCCCACCCCUUGUUUUGGGACAUUUCCCUCAGGGAACACACCUGAGCAUCCUGGUGCCCUCCAGGCUUGUGCAUGUGACACAUCCUCCCCUCUGUCCAGCUCCACAUUGACAGAGUCACAGAUAACUCUAUUUUUUUUUUAGGGUUCAUGAUGGUUUUCUGAAGUCAGGUUAGAAAAUAUGAGUGAAAAAGUGGAAAAUUAAAACAUUUUCUUUAAAAAUUGGA